AUUGCGCUGAUGCGCUCGCGGAGGAGCUUACCGGCAACAGCUUUUAACGAGUUUAUUAGGAGCCGCUACCAUGAUGUUCGUGCUGUGCCUGCUCGCAGUCCUCGAGUCGUCUGCCCUUACCCCUGCGUCUGCACAUAACGUGUGCGACAAGCCACCAGAUCCGUCGUUAAUGAAGAAAGUGCUGAGGCCGACGGCCAAGGUUUUGCUGGAUUGCGUGGCUGAUGUGCUCAUAUUGCACAAGGUCAACACCAGCUUCCUCAACAAGGUGGUGAUUGUUGUUUGUGAAUAUCAUGUCGAGUGCUACCAGGGACUGCGCGACAUAAAGGAUAUGCUCGAAAGAAGGCGCAUUGCUGGAGAAUGCAUGCUCAAGAACUUCUUCAAACGUUAUCCUACUUUCGAAUCAACAAAUGGCGCUGAAGGAAUGGACGUGAUCAAAAAAUUGAUGGUAUGCCUUCACAGCAGCGAUGAGUUGCUUUUCGAAGAAGAUGAUGUUACCAGUGCCGUCAUGCACUGGGUAUUUGGCCUCCUGAAGACGGGCUCUUGAACAAUGACUAAUACUCGAAGCAGCAACGAGUAUGAAAGACGCGAAUAUGUGUGUGUGCCGGCCGUAUGUAGAGAACGAAUUGAAAUGUGAAGCUACAAAUAAAGAAAUACUGCU